CCCGGGUCACGUGAGCGCGCGCGGGUCAGCUGACGCGGGCGGGUUUGAAGCUGCGCCGCGAGCGAGCCAGGCCGCGGCCACUGCGGGCUCGGACCCCGGCUGCCCCGCGGCGCCCGCCGGCGGCAUGGCAGCCCCCGCGGGCAGGCGCGGCUCAGAGACCGAGCGUCUCCUGAGCCCCAGCCCCGGGUAUGGGACCCAGGCGGGGGCCUCGCCACCCCCGCUGACCCCUCCGGAGGAGGAAGACCUCCGCCGCCGUCUCAAAUACUUCUUCAUGAGCCCCUGUGACAAGUUCCGGGCCAAGGGUCGCAAGCCCUUCAAGCUGAUGCUGCAAGUGGUGAAGAUCCUGGUGGUCACUGUGCAGCUCAUCCUGUUCGGGCUCAGCAACCAGCUGGCGGUGACGUUCCGGGAGGAGAACACGGUGGCCUUCCGCCACCUCUUCCUGCUGGGCUACUCCGACGGGGCGGACGACACCUUCGCCGCCUACACACGGGAGCAGCUCUACCAGGCCAUCUUCUAUGCCGUGGACCAGUACCUGUUGCUCCCUGACGUGUCCCUGGGCCGCUAUGCCUAUGUCCGGGGCGGGGGCGGCCCCGAGGCCAACGGCUCGGCCCUGGCCCUCUGCCAGCGGUACUACCACCGAGGCCACGUGGACCCGGCCAACGACACCUUUGACAUCGACCCGAUGGUCGUCACUGACUGCAUCCGGGUGGACCCCCCCGAGAGACCCCCAGUGCCCCCCAGUGACGAUCUCUUCCUCUCCGACGGCAGCGCCAGUUACAGGAACCUCACCCUCAAGUUCCACAAGCUGAUCAACGUCACCAUCCUCUUCCAGCUGAAGACCAUCAACCUCCAGAGCUUGAUCAACAAUGAGAUCCCAGACUGCUACACCUUCACUGUGCUGAUCACCUUUGACAAUAAGGCGCACAGUGGGCGGGUCCCCAUCAGCCUGGAGACCCAGGCCCACAUCCAGGAGUGCAAGCACCCCAGCGUCUUCAGACAUGGAGACAACAGCUUCCGGCUCCUGUUUGACGUGGUGGUCAUCCUUACCUGUGCCCUCUCCUUCCUGCUGUGCGCCCGCUCACUGCUCCGCGGCUUCCUGCUGCAGAACGAGUUUGUCGGGUUCAUGUGGCGGCACCGGGGUCGGGUCAUCAGCCUGUGGGAACGGCUGGAAUUUGUCAACGGCUGGUACAUCCUGCUGGUCACCAGCGACGUGCUCACCAUCUCGGGCACCAUCAUGAAGAUCGGCAUCGAAGCCAAGAACCUGGCGAGCUAUGACAUCUGCAGCAUCCUCCUGGGCACCUCCACGCUGCUCGUCUGGGUCGGGGUCAUCCGCUACCUGACCUUCUUCCAUAAGUACAAUAUCCUCAUCGCCACGCUGCGGGUGGCCCUGCCCAGCGUGAUGCGCUUCUGCUGCUGCGUGGCUGUCAUCUACCUGGGCUAUUGUUUCUGCGGCUGGAUCGUGUUGGGGCCUUACCACGUGAAGUUCCGCUCGCUGUCCAUGGUGUCGGAGUGCCUGUUCUCGCUCAUCAACGGGGAUGACAUGUUCGUGACCUUCGCGGCCAUGCAGGCGCAGCAGGGCCGCAGCAGCCUGGUGUGGCUCUUCUCCCAGCUCUAUCUGUACUCCUUUAUCAGCCUCUUCAUCUACAUGGUGCUGAGUCUCUUCAUUGCCCUCAUCACCGGCGCCUACGACACCAUCAAGCACCCGGGCGGUGUGGGCACAGAGGUGAGCGAGCUCCAGGCCUACAUCGCGCAGUGCCACGACAGCCCCACCUCCGGCAAGUUCCGCCGCGGGAGCGGCUCAGCCUGCAGCCUGCUGUGCUGCUGCGGCAGGGACUCGGAGGAGGAGCGUUCGCUGCUGGUGAAUUGACUCGGAUCACGACUGUCACUGGACAUUAGCCCCCGGACUGCGGAGACCCCUGCUUAUUUAUUUUUUAGGUUUGCUUUUAAGGACCGGCUCCCUGCUGCGCCCUGUGAGGGCCUGGGCCAGUCGGGUCGGACACUGAGGUGGGUGGGUGUCAAAUAAACGG